AAGGAGAGAGGGGGCAAGUGCUCCUGAAUGUUAGUGACAACUCUACUCCCUGCAGCUUGUUUAGUCCCUUAUCCCUCGGCCUGUCCCACCCUCAGCCACUUUCUCCUUCCUCUCUGUCUCCUCUGUGUUUUGUUUGGCCAGUACAAUGACUGUGGGGAACAUGGAGAGCGCUGAGCUGUUUGAUGCAGGGAAGAAAGGUCGAGGCCUGAGGGCCACCAAAGAGCUUAACGCUGGGGAAGUGGUCUUCGCUGAGCCCAGUUUCGCUGCUGUGGUCUUCAACAGUUUGGCCACUCAGGUGUGCCACAGCUGUUUCCGGCACCAGGCCAAACUGCACCGGUGUGCCCAGUGUAAGUUUGCCCACUACUGCGACCGCACCUGCCAGACUGCAUGUUGGAAUGAACACAAGCAGGAGUGUGGAGCCAUCAAGAAGAUCGGCAUGGCGCCCAGCGAGAAUGUUCGUCUGGCUGCUCGUGUGCUGUGGCGUAUGCACAAGGACACGGGCAUUGUGUCAGACAGUCAGCUGAUCUCAGUGGACCAGCUGGAAGACCACGUGGCCGACCUAUGUGAAGAAGACCUCAAGCAGCUCAAGAUUGAUGUGCCCAACUUCCUGGAAUACUGGUCCUAUGGAAGCAAGCAGCACUCUGUCAACUACAUUUCACACAUCUUUGGCAUUAUCAAGUGUAAUGGAUUCACACUGAGUGACCAGAGAGGCCUGCAGGCUGUUGGUGUGGGUCUUUUCCCCAACCUGUGUCUGGUCAACCAUGACUGUUGGCCCAACUGCACUGUCAUCCUCAACCACGGAAACCAAUCAGCUGUGAGUUCUGCUCUCCACUCUCAGAGGAGGAUCGAGCUGCGAGCGUUGGGGAAAAUCCCUGAGGGUGAGGAGCUGACCGUCAGCUACGUGGACUUUCUCAACCUGUCUGCUGACCGCCAGAAGAAGCUGAAGGAGCAUUUCCACUUUGAGUGCACCUGCGAACACUGCAGCCAGCACAUCAAGGACGACCUGAUGAUGGCUGCCGCAGAGAGCGAGGGGAACAAACCCUCUGCUGAUAAGGUGAAAGAGGUGACUGCCUUCAGUAAAGAGUGUCUGGAGAAGAUUGAGAGGUCCCGUACUGAGAAGGAUUACCACAAGGUGGUGAAGUUGUGUCGUGAGUGUCUGGAGAAGCAGGAGAACGUCCUGGCUGACACUCACCUGUACAAGCUGCGUGUGCUCAGCAUCGGCAGUGAGGUGCUUUCAUACCUGCAGUUCUUCUCUGAGGCUGCAGACUAUGCCCGCAGGAUGGUGGAGGGAUACAUGAAGUUGUACCACCCCAACAACGCCCAGUUGGGCAUGGCCAUCAUGCGGGCAGGUGUCACCCACUGGCAUGCAGGGCAAAUAGAGGUGGGUCAUGGUAUGAUCUGCAAGGCCUACGGCAUCCUCAUGGUCACCCAUGGACCCAACCACGCCAUCACCAGAGACCUGGAGUCCAUGCGCAUGCAGACUGAGAUAGAGCUGAAGAUGUUCAAGAAGAAUGAGUAUGUGUACCACACCAUGAGGGAUGCUGCUCUGAAGAAACCAGCUCAAAGCCAGCCGCUCCUCCACUGAUCAAAGACCAAAGGCCUCUUCCACAAGCAAUAAUCAGCUUCACCCCUGAAGAUCCUGUCAUUGAAAAAUGAUAACAUGCUGAUGUUCUGACGCAUGUCUAACUGUUCACUGACAUGUACAUGUUCAGUAUGUCCUCUAAAGCUCUGCACUCAGGCCCUGUGCUGCGUCUCUGAAUCAGUAUGUCUGAUGAUACACUGUUCUGUUCAAACCAACAUGUGCAGAUGUACAGUAUCUACAAUAAAAGUGGGAUACAA